UCCGCGCCGCUCUUGGGUACGGCGCAGAGCCACAAUGGCGGAGUUUGGCGCUGCAGUUCACAGUAACCUUCCCUAGUAGAAAGCUUGUGGGAGGGAUAUCACGACAUAUUACGCGCAAAUACUUUUUCUUUCUGACUUCUGCGGGAGACUGAAAUAGUCUGUGUGUCAGGACUAUUUUGAAAAUGUUACAGAAACGCUGAUUUUCCCUGGAAUGUUAUUAAAACCAGUUUCCUAGUGGUGAAAGAUGGGAAUCCUGACGCUGAGGAAGUGGAAGAUUGUUUGGUUUUUUUUUAUUCCUAGAAGACGGAGGCAGUGAAACUGCGCCUCCUGUCAACACUCCUAAAUUACAUUGAGUAAUGAACAAUAACAGGAAGUGAGGUCAUAUCGGAUGGUGGGUCGUUGCGCUCCAGUCGCCGUGCACAAAUAUUCAUCCCAAAAAAGGUUUGGCCGUCCAGCGUAUGUGAGACCGGAUGAGGCUGAGACGGCUGAGAUCCGAGCUGCUGAACACAUUUCUGGAGUUUUGCUGAAGAGGACCUGUGCACAGGUUCACACUGCACUCAACAGAGUGGAGCUUCCUCACCCAUGGAGAAUUACUUCCAGGCUGAGGCCUUUAACCUGGACAAAGUGCUGGACGAGUUCGAGCAGAACGAAGAUGAAACGGACACCCCCACACUUACCGACGCCAAGUGGACUCAGAUUCUCGCUCCACCAGCUCACCUCUUGUCCCUGAACCCUGCUUUGACUCACGCUGAUCUCAGUCCGCGAGACAGCCCUCUCAACUUCAAACCUCUGCUAGAACCUUUGAGUUCUGGCAGCUCUUCCGUGGUGGAGGUAACUGCGCCUGACGUGAAGCAGGAACCAGAAACGUGGAGCGAAGAAAGGCCAGCGGAUAUCCACAGUCCCCCGUUGCUCCAGCCCAACAUCGGCAAGCUGGUCAGCGCUGACGGUCAAGCGCUGGAUUCUCUUCCCGCCACUAGGACGACGAUUGAGAACGGGUGUCCAUCCAAACUAGAGUGCAACGGGGUUAGUGAGGUUCCUCAGCCGAGAGAUGAUCCAAAGCCUCCUUCUACAGAUCCGCCCAUCAUCCUGGACUUGGGUACUGGUCAACAAAGGCAACAGCAGAGCGACAUUGAUGAGCAGGAUAACGCCUGUUUUAAUGAUGCCAGUUUUUCAAAUCCUGAGGAAGGUCUUGGCCAGGAGGAGUCGGGCUUGAACAAUGGUGCUUUGUCGGUUGAGAUGGAGUCCGAGGGCAUCAAGGAAAUUGGCGGAAUGGACUAUCAUUGGGCUCUUCCAAAAGGGGGCAAUCCUGGGAAAGAGGAGAAUGUCCUGCAAGAACCCGGAAGUGGCACUCAGGAACUCGUAGUCGACGAAGAGCGUCAUACUCCAGGCACCAUUCCAAAUGGAGCUCUCCUCAAGGCGGAAAGCUUUGAGCAAGACAAAUUGGUCGCGAAAGAGAAAGACAUGAAGAAUCAAGAUUUGGUCGUUGAAUCACCGCAGAAUGAGAGAUCUCAUCCCAAUGGCCUGGUUGAAGAAGGAGAAGGAGAUCGACCGAUCCACCCUCCUCCAGCCCUUUUAAAGGAAGACUCGAUAACCGAGGAGAAGGAGAUGGAGGAGAGCAAACAGGAAUGCUGCGAGCCUAACCGAGGCUCCGAGACAAGCUCCAAACUCAACAACGGUCGAUUGCAACUGGUCAGCGUUCCCUACGGUGGCGCAAGGCCCAAACAGCCCGUCAACCUGAAGCUGCAGAUCCCUCGAUCUUUCUCAGGUCAAGUCCAAAAUGAACUUGGCUCCACUGGCAGGAACAAGAACCUGGAGGCCCAGUGCAGGGCAGGUGCCCUUGAGUCGUCUUGUGGGGGAACGGAAUCUAGGGCUGCUCGGGUCAACGGAGAGAGCGGAGAUGUUUCCUCUGGCUUGCACGUCUCCUCUGAGAACCCUGACAACGAUCUCCAGGCAGGUCAACAAGGGGCCUUUACUAGGAAACCCUUCAGCUCCCUUGGCGAAGUGGCUCCUGUAUGGGUGCCGGACUCUCAAGCACCCAUCUGCAUGAAGUGUGAGGUCAAGUUCACCUUCACGAAGAGAAGACAUCACUGUCGGGCCUGUGGCAAGGUUUUCUGUGCUGCAUGCUGCAGUCUGAAGUGCAGGCUGAUGUACAUGGACAGGAAGGAGGCGCGCGUCUGCGUGACGUGUCAUCACACUUUAACCAACGCUCAGGCGUGGGAGAACGCGGGGAGCAGCUCCAGUCAGAGUCCGAACCCCAACAACCCGGCCGAGUACUGCUCCACCAUCCCGCCUCUGCAGCAGGCCCAGGCGUCCGGCGCUCUCAGCUCUCCACCUCCCACCGUCAUGGUGCCUGUCGGAGUCCUCAAACAACCGGGCGCUGAGGGUUCUCUGUCUCGUGAGCAGAGAAGAGUUUGGUUCGCCGAUGGUAUUUUACCCAACGGAGAAACCACAGACUCCUCUAAAGGACCUGCUCCGAGCCCGAAUGCAAACCCCGCCCAACCUCCGGCUGUGUCCCAAAUCUCCAACAAAUCCACCACCAGCACUCAUGAGGCGGCCCGCGCUCCCGGAGCUCCAGUGGGAAGCUCGGUCAGUCUGAUCCCCGAGGACGGACUUCCUCCCAUCCUCAUCUCCACCGGAGUUAAAGGAGGUACGGGAGGCCACAUCGCAGAUUACGCGGUGGAGGAGAAGCCGUCGGAGGUCCUGCUCCUUCAGCAGCUGGAGGAAGGAGGACCAGAGCCGCUGGUGUUUGUGCUCAACGCGAAUCUGCUCGCCAUGGUUAAGCUCGUCAACUAUGUGAACAGGAAGUGCUGGUACGUGAUGUCGAAGGGCAUGCACGCCGUGGGCCAGGCCGAGGUGGUGGUGUUGCUUCAGUGCCUCCCUGACGAGAAGAGCAUCCCGAAAGACAUCUUCAGCCAUUUUGUGCAGCUUUAUCAGGAAGCCCUCGCAGGAAACGUGUUGAGCCACCUGAGCCACUCGUUCUUCACACAGAGUUUCCUGGGCAGUAAAGAACACGGCGGGUUCCUCUACAUCUCCCCGACCUUCCAGUCUCUCCAGGACCUCCUGCUGCCCAACCCGCCCUUCCUGUUCGGGAUCUUAGUGCAGAAGUGGGAGACGCCGUGGGCCAAAGUGUUCCCCAUCCGCCUCAUGCUGCGCCUCGGAGCCGAGUACCGCUUUUAUCCCUGUCCGCUGUUCAGCGUGCGCUUCAGAAAGCCUCUUUUUGGAGAAACUGGUCACACCAUCAUCAACCUGCUGGCGGACUUCAGGAACUAUCAGUACACAUUACCGGUGGUCAGAGGUCUGGUGGUGGACAUGGAAGUGAGAAAAACCUGCAUUAAAAUCCCCAGCAACCGCUAUAACGAGCUCAUGAAGGCCAUGAACAAGUCGAACGAGCACGUCUUGGCGAUGGGGGCGUGUUUUAACGAGCGAGCCGACUCGCACCUCGUGUGUGUGCAGAACGAUGACGGAAACUACCAGACGCAGGCCAUCAGCAUCCAUCACCAACCUCGCAAAGUAACAGGAGCGAGUUUCUUCGUCUUCAGUGGAGCUCUGAAAGCCUCGUCUGGGUUUUUGGCCAAAACCAGUAUUGUUGAAGACGGCGUGAUGGUGCAGAUCACAGCCGAGACGAUGGAGGCCCUUCGCCAGGCCCUGAGAGAGAUGAAGGAUUUCACCAUCGUGUGUGGGAAAGCCGAUCAGGAGGAGACGCAGGAGAACGUCCACAUCCAGUGGACAGAGGACGACUUAAACUUCAACAAGGGGGUGAUCAGUCCGAUCGACGGAAAAUCGAUGGAGUCUAUAACGAGUGUGAAGAUUUUCCACGGAUCCGAGUACAAAGCCAACGGGAAGGUUAUCCGCUGGACCGAGGUGUUUUUCCUCCAGAGCGAGGACCAGCCUAACGGCGACCCGGCGGAUCACAGCCGGCUGACGGAGAACGUAGCGAGAGCCUUCUGCAUGGCUCUGUGUCCUCAUCUGAAACUGCUGAAAGAGGACGGCAUGGCCAAGCUGGGGCUCCGCGUCACACUGGACUCGGAUCAGGUGGGUUACCUGGCGGGCAGUAACGGUCAGCCCUUGCUCCCUCAGUACCUGAGCGAUUUGGACAGCGCCCUGAUCCCGGUGAUCCACAGCGGGGUGUGUCAGCUGAGCGAGGGUCCCGUGGUCAUGGAGCUCAUCUUCUACAUCCUGGAGAUCAUCUCUUAAACGAGGUUCUCCUUCUGAAAAUCGCAAUCAACCUCAUCUCUCCUCCUUCUUCUCCUCCUCCUCUCUCUCUCUCUCUCUCUCUCUCUCUCUAUCUCUCUUUCAUUUGCACUUCAAAGAACCUGAAUGCUGCAGAAUCACGGACAGGAAGCAGCAGCAGCAGCAGCAGCGUUCCAGCAGAUCACCUAUGCACCAUUUUUACACACAAACCAUCUCCAAACAUCUCCACCGGAGCCACGGGCUCCAACAAACUCAGAGUUUUGGUGCUUUUUUUUGUUUCUCCUCCACUGUGGAAAUCUAGAAAUGCUGCUGGGAGCAAAAAAAAAAAAAAAAAUGGAGAGAGAGAGAAGGAAGAGAAACCGCUGGAGGUCUUUGAUCUUGAUGGAUGGAAGAUGGAGGUGUCAGAGCGUUCUUGGUUCUCAGAGGAACGCUGCUAAGAGGCUUGUACAGAAAGUCUGAAGAAGUUACAUUUCUUUUUGAUAACCAAUGAAGCUGAGAGGAUUUGGGAUUUAAAAUGUCAGGAGCAUCCAAAAUAUUAUUUCAUACUGAAAGUAUUUAACACUAAAAAAAAAUGUUUGUAUAUAAAUCCAGGACAGAAUUAUACAAGAUUUCCAGCUAGCUAGCUGAAAAUGCUACCUGCUAGCAACUUAAAGGGGCGGUUUGUAAUUUUUAGAUGUUUCUAAAUGUCUAAAAAAAAAAAACAAAAAUUGAUUUAUGAUAUUACCGUGCAGUGAAUCUUGCUAUAGAUUCUUCGUUUCAAGCUUUUGUUUACAUUUUUCUGGCAUGGAUAUUAGCUCCGCCCCCCAAGUUGGAUCACAUCUUGCCCCUCCCCCCCACAUCCUUUCGUUAAGGGCGGGGUGGUUGAUGCGUACGAUAGGGAACGUACCAUUUGAAUGAUGAUAUUGUAAUUGCGGUUCACUCUGACAGACAGCAGGGGGCGCUAACAAUGACAAACUGCGCCUUUAAAUUCAUGCUAGCACACCACCACGCAACGAGCGUCAUGUUGCUAAUUUGCUGCUUUUUUUAAAUCAAAUAUUAAACAUUAAAUAUUUAACUUUUUAAUUUUUUUCGGAACUGUUGUAGCUUAUAACAUUUCCUGAGGGCGGAGCUUAAGUUAAUGUUGACAACUCAAUUGUAAACAAGAUCAUAUGAUGUCAUCGCUAGUCUUUUUUUUUUUUUUUUUUUUUUUUUUUUUUUAUCAGCUCAACAUGGCUUCUUGGCUAGCAUUUAUAAAAAAAAAAAAAAAGUACUGGUUUUGGUUACACGAUAUACCAACAUUAGCAUUACAAGCUAGCUAACAUGUAGCUAUUAUAUUCUAACAUUGAACAGUAGCUGGUGAUGUCAUAUGAGCAAGCUGACGAUUGGCCGAUCAAAUUGAGCUUAAGCUCCGCCCCUGCUGAUGCAGGCGUGCCUGUCACUUGGGGAAAAUCUUUGGCUAGUUUCUGAAAGUCUUGCUUAAUUCGAACAAAACGUCUCAAAUCCGCCUCCUUUCAUUGGUUUUUGCACUUAACCAAUCAGAAACCUUUCUGCUCGGGGGAGGGGAAAAGUCACACAAGCCAGAGAUGGUGUGAAAACAGGACGUCCUGCUCGGAGUGAUUUAUUUACUAUUAGCUUUAAUCACCAGAUGCUUUAUUUAAACAGUAUGGACCUUGUUUUUGUUUGUUUUGUCUUUUCUUUUUUUUUUUUUUUGUCUGUAAGUAAAAUUCGUCCAAAGCCGAAGCGAUGUAGCUUUCCGAGCUGAAGCGUCGGAUCGGGAACGAACGUUGCGUGAGGACGACGUGUUCACGGAGUGACACAUGGGUGGAUGACGGUUACAGAGAUGUUAAUUAGCAUUAAACGGAACCAAGUGCUUUUUGCGAAUUUAACCCCAAACGGUUUUUAACGCAUCCUUGUCCGCUUCCCCUAACGAUUCCGAAUCCCUGAUUUCACGAAACAGAUUUGGAAACAGAUUUCCGAAGCAAAUUUUAACAUUUGCUCUAAAUGCAGUUGUAUCAGCUCGCUAAUCUACUACGAGAAUCAGAAAUUCUUUCUUAAGAAUUGACUAACUUGCUAACCAGCUAGUUUGUAUCCAGAUCAUGUAUACCAGCUUGCUAGCUUGCUAAGUAGCUUGCUAAUUGACAGUUUCCGUUAAUCUAGAUAGCAGUUUACUCACUAAGUGUCUCGCUAACUAGCUGGAAUACCAGGUCAUAUUAUGGCUUGCUAACUAGCUGGUUUGAGAAGUAAGUAGCUAGUGCAGAAAUUUGCUAGCUUGCUAACCAUUAGCAGAAAUAGUAGAAUUAAAUAUUCAAGCAGUUUCCAUGAAUCUGUAUACAGAAUUAAAUCAAGCACUUACCAUAGAUCUACACCAGCUAAUCAGCUUGCUAAAUAGUUGCUUUGCUAACUAGCCAACAUACUCAUUAGCUAAUUUUCUAGCCAGCUACCAGAAUAAAAGUCCACCAGGUGUCAUGGAUAAACUGAUGAUUUAAAAAAACCUGAUUCAGAAAAUCAAAAUCUGUUGUUCCAGGUUACGCAGUCGGCCAUUUUUUUGCACUGCAUUCUGGGUAAGUCUUGUCCAUUAGGGAUGAAGUGAUGGAAUGAGGGGAAGUCGACAAGGGUGCAGGAACGAAUGAAUGAACGAAUGAAUGCUGGUGAAAGGAAGAAUGAAAACGAGGUGAAAAGGUGAUAAUGUGAUAAAAUCGCAGAUUCUGUCGUCUGUCCAUCGCCUCGUCUGAGCAUCAUGUGAUCUGAAGCGAACUGUAAAUCCCCCUUAAUCAGAAGACACAAUAACGGAAAAAAGACUUUUAAUUUGUAAAGAACUGCACUGGGAAUAAAGCCAUCGUACGGAAGCCGAGGACGGAGACGAGACACUGACGUGGCAUCGCGCUCAAGAGUCAUGUGACCAUCAAAAAAACUUCGCCGGGGUGCCGUGACUUUUACUUAAAGCACUCCGUAACGAUUUUAUUACAUCGCUUUGCUUCGAUUGGCUGCGACAUGUUCGGCGACCGACUGCAACGUGUUAACGAGUCGAAACGAUAAAUCAGUCGUAAAUUAUCCCGACAUCAUGUCCACGUCUUUUCGGAGAAACACUACGUUAGGAAUUUUACAGUAUUUACAUUUCAGUUGGACUGAAACAUGAUGGAAGGAAGUGGGGGAAAAAAACGGAUUCAGAAAGUUCCGUGGGUCUGACCGGGUCACGAAGAGCCUUAAAGGUUACGGCUGAAUGAUAGACAGCCAAUCAGAAUCGAGUAUUCAAAUCACAUCCAUGUUGCAUUCUUGUUAAACCUACGCUACACUUUUUUGUUUCAGAGCUUCCGGAAAAUUCAGAGCUGAUGUCCGUCAGUGUGAAAAGCUACGACGUGAACGCGGUGUUACUUCCUGACAUUUCAGAUGCUGUUCACUUUAUCGUACAUUUUUUUUUGGUUUGUUUGUUUUUUUUUUUUGCUUUGUAAAUCGUCGUACAAAUCCGUGAAAAAAAAAAAAUCGGACGAGGAAUUUUUGGAACGACGUCCCGGAGCGAGUUUGAAACGAUUGGCUCUGUUACAGCAACACGUGAUGACGAGUUGAUUUUAACGCAGCACUUAACGUAAAAACUGUUACGACGUCUGAUGCAGCUCAAAGCAACACUGUUACCGUUAACAUCUGUUUGAAGUUUUGUGUUUUUUUGUGUGUUUUUUUUUAUUUCCUGUGUGAGAAGCCGUCUAUGCGGAGUGUUUUGUUUCUUUUGUUUUAAACUGCAUGCGUGAUGAAAGGGGAGUUUUGGUCAUAGAAAGUGUGAAAUAUUGUUAAGCAAGUGAUACACGUUACACACUUUGUAUAAAAUAUUUGGAUACGAGUGAAGAGAAGAGGUUCUGAGACGAAAUGAAAUGAAAAAUUAAACACUGAUGUGGGUCAAAAUGUUUCAAAGGUAAAACACAAGAAGCCAAAAAGAAGCGUUAACCUGCUACGUUUGUUUUUUUUUUUUUUGUCAAUAAAACGGAGACUUUAUGAAAAAGCUGUAUUAUAUGUAAAAUAAAAACCUUCUGAACUGA